UCGUUCUAGAGUGAACUUAAUAACUCUGAUGAAACUGAUUUGUAGAUUUUUUUUCUCGAUAGUUUUAUGUAUAAAAGAUAUAAUGCUUCGGUUGUUUGUCUUGCUACACGUUCUUAUAGCAUCCUUACAUUUGUAGUAUACCCUCAAUGACCACCUUGGAAUCUACGUAUAUUAACGCGUAGUAACACUAAUAAAGCUGAAGGUAUAGACCAAUUAUGUACAUAACCUACGCAGCAAUAUAGUUGCUGUUCAACGUUUAUGACAACCCCAUUAUUGCUAUGGGUACGAUUAAUAACCCGCUAUUCAGAUGGCAUCUAUUGUAUCUUUUCAUGUGAAUCGUAUUGUAUACUAUUGGAAGGUCCGUCCCUUGCCAAUGUUGAAACUAAAAUUCUCGGAAGUUAUUUUUUGUAUUCCUGUCAUUUUACCGUAAACAGAUUCUUGUUUCCUAUUAUCGUUACUUGGGAUCGCGACUAGCUUCAUCUGUAGAAUAUUGCGUAGAAUCUGUUAUUUCUAUGUAUGUGUAGGUAAUAGGAAUUGAUCCAUCUAGUCAAUUAUGUGAAUCAUUCUAGAAUUUUUCCUUCCAUUUCAUGCGUUGAUCGUAACGCCAACUCGCCAAGUGAUUGUGGCUUGCCCAUUGCUUAUCAGGAAUUGUAAUACUCGUUUAAGGCCAUGAUUUUUUAUGGAAUUU